AUGCUUGCGUUUUACCGCCGUCUCUAUCCGUUCAAGUCGCUGUUCACAUGGCUGAACCACGAACACGCACCGUCCAAGCUCUUUACCCACCGUGAAUUUGCGUUUACCCUCCAGGGCGAUGUAUAUCUCCGAUACAACUCCUUUGCGAACGCGGAGGAGCUGAAAAAGCAGGUCUGCUCCCUCAACCCAACGCGUUUCGAGAUCGGGCCGGUAUACAGUGCAAGGCCACGAGACAAGAAAACCGUCCGCCCCGCCGCCUUCUCCCCCCAACUCCGCGAGCUCGUCUUCGACAUCGACAUGACUGACUACGACCCCAUCCGCACCUGCUGCUCCGGCGCGGACAUCUGCCGUCGCUGCUGGACGUACAUCUCCGCCGCCGUGCGCGUGCUCGACCGCGCCCUGCGCGACCAAUUCGGGUACAGGCACCUCCUCUGGGUCUACUCCGGCCGCCGCGGCAUCCACCUGUGGAUCAGCGACGCGGAGGCGCUCGCACUCACGGACGACCAGCGCCGCGCGCUUGUCGGCUGGCUCACUGUCAUUCAGGGCGGCAAGGAGAUGCACAAGAAGGUGAACGUGCGCGUCGGCGCGAAGCCGCUCCCGCCAUCACUUGCAUCUGCUUUGAAAACGCUUGAGCCAACCUUCCACGACCUCGUGCUCGCCGACCAGGACUGCUUUGCCUCCGAGGACGGCUGGGAGGCCCUCCUGCACCUGAUCCCCGACCGCGAGGUCGUCAGAGAACUGCGCGAGCACUGGGAAGCGCACCCAGACCGCUCCUCCGAGGCCAAGUGGCAAGACCUCGAGGACUCGAUCGCGCAGCGGCGCGGCAAGAAAGACCAGCGCGAGCGCAACACCUUCGCGGCCCUCACGGCGGCGAAGGAGGACAUCAUCCUGCAGUACACAUACCCGCGGCUCGACGCGGAGGUGUCGAAGCACCGCAACCACUUGCUGAAGGCGCCGUUCUGCGUGCACCCGAAGACCGGGCGCGUGUGCGUGCCCGUCGACCCGCGCACGAUCGACCGCUUCGACCCCGCGCGCGUGCCGACCGUCGGGCAGCUCCUGCGCGAGCUCGACAAGGCGGCGCCUGCGCCGACGGCCCCAGCGGAGGGCGCGGGCGUCGCAGAGCAUCAUGCGGACUGGGAAAGGACGUCGCUGAAGCCGUAUGUGGACAUGCUGGAUAAGCAUGUGAUGGGGUUGUUGGAGGAGACGCGGAGGGUGAAGCAGAAGACGGAUUUGUCGUGGUGAUUGAGUAUAGCAUGAUCUUGUCCGAGUUGUCAUUCCCUGGUUUUUGCUCCUCCUAUGUAUUAUCCAUGU